CGCCGGGCCCUCGGAGUCGCGGAUCUCAGUGAACUUUAACGCCGCCGAAACCGGGUCCGUAACGUUGGUAAUCAGCAGCGGUUCACUUUGGCGAGCGGCGGGAGAACAUAGGACUCGGGGAAACUAGUUACCAGCCGGCCUGCUCUGUGCGCUUCUCUUCGGUUCGCUCACCUCCGCUCUAGAGAAGCUGCGUUUAUCAUCGUCCCUGGAUUGUAAGUAACUGAGGCGAAGAGAGUUCCCUGCUCUCCCCCUUCAUUUUGAAUAUCUUUCUUCCGGGAGACUCUGGACUGGGACUGUUUCCUGGGCCUUAACUUUCUGGGCCUGAAACCCUUCCUCAGGAAUCGCCAUUGCUUUCUCGCCAGCAAGUUCUAUCCGCUUUGUUCGGCAGCGGCACCUAGAGGUCGGAACUUGACAUUGCAUCUGUUGAUUAAGUGAAAGUAAACUAUUUCAACUGGUAUUCACUGACAAUCGUAUUCAGAAUUGAGACAAGAGACGCUUAGCUGCUGUUCUGCCCAGAACACUUUGUAAAAUUUCAAAACAGUGGUCUUUCUGACGGUUGCAAUAGUUGGACUUUCAUAGAGAAACAAGUGCUCAUCAGAAAAGUGAGUUACAGAGAAGCAAAGAUGAGUAAGAGCAAAGAUGAUGCUCCUCAUGAGCUCGAGAGCCAGUUUAUCUUACGCCUGCCACCAGAAUAUGCUUCCACUGUGAGACGGGCAGUACAGUCUGGCCAUGUCAACCUGAAAGACAAACUGUCCAUUGAGUUACACCCUGAUGGGCGUCAUGGCAUUGUCAGAGUGGACCGCGUUCCACUGGCCGCAAAAUUGGUAGAUUUGCCCUGUGUUACUGAAAGCUUGAAAACCAUUGAUAAGAAAACCUUUUACAAGACAGCUGAUAUUUGUCAGAUGCUUGUAGCCACAGUUGAUGGUGAUCUCUAUCCUCCUGUGGAAGAGCCAGCUGCUGCUGCUGCUGCAGCUGCAGAUCCCAAAGCAAGCAAGAAAAAGGAUAAGGACAAAGAGAAAAAGUUUAUUUGGAACCACGGAAUUACUCUGCCUCUGAAAAAUGUCCGAAAGAGGAGGUUCCGGAAGACAGCAAAGAAGAAGUAUAUUGAAUCUCCAGAUGUGGAAAAGGAAGUUAAGCGGUUGCUGAGUACAGAUGCAGAAGCUGUCAGUACUCGUUGGGAAAUAAUUGCUGAAGAUGAAACAAAGGAGACAGAGAAUCAAGGCCUUGAUAUCUCUUCUCCAGGAAUGUCUGGGCACAGGCAGGGCCAUGACUCACUGGAACAUGAUGAGCUUCGAGAGAUAUUCAAUGACCUCAGCAGCAGCAGUGAAGAUGAAGAUGAAACUCAACACCAGGAUGAAGAAGAUAUAAACAUCAUAGACACCGAGGAAGAUCUGGAGAGACAGCUACGGGACAAGCUAAAUGAAUCUGAUGAGCAGCACCAAGAAAGUGAAGGAACCAAUCAGUUGGUUAUGGGAAUUCAAAAACAAAUUGAUAGCAUGAAAGGCAAGCUCCAAGAGACCCAGGACAGGGCCAAACGACAGGAGGAUCUCAUCAUGAAAGUUGAGAACCUGGCCCUCAAGAACAGAUUUCAGGCUGUGCUGGAUGAGCUCAAGCAAAAGGAAGACCGUGAAAAAGAGCAGCUCAGCUCUCUGCAAGAAGAGCUGGAGUCACUCCUAGAGAAGUAAGAAGAACCUUCUUUAAGCUGCAGACAAGCCAGUAUAAGAAAAGCCUUUGAUUGGCUACUUAUUUAGUUCCUGUUCUCUCUACUCUCUUUGAAUCUAUCACAUUUUAUACUACUUGCCUUGGUUUUAGGGUUUUUUUUCCCUUUUUUUUUUUUAGGAUUUUAUAGAUAGAAAAAUUAGGAAGUCCAUAGUUAGUGGAAUGAAUGGUUCAGCCUUAGGGUUUUUUUUCCCUUGUUUUUUUUUUUUUAGGAUUUUAUAGAUAGAAAAAUUAGGAAGUCCAUAGUUAGUGGAAUGAAUGGUUCAGCCUUGUUUACAGCUUCACUGCAGGACUUUGCUUUUUUUGCCAUUUGCCAGAAGCUAUUGAUGCUACAUUGUGUUAACUGAGCUCACGAGCCUACCCUAGAGGCAAUGAAGCUAGCUUGCAAUUUUUUUUUUCUAUGCAAGUUCCCCACCCCCACCCCCCAGCUAUUCAAAGCAGUUAUUUUCGCAUUUGAAGCAGCAAAUCAUUCUUUAAAGUUUCUAACAAUCAAUAAAAGCAAAUUUUUACUGCA